GAUGCAUCUUUACUUCUCCUUACCCUUGGCGUGUUGAGAGCUCUAGUCUCCCUGUUGGAAGCACUCGUUUCCGAAAGCGACGGCCUUGCAAUUAUUUCCUUCCUGCUUAUUUCUCGACAUGUAUGAUGGGAGUUGUAGUUUCCCCUGAUUCAGAUAAAUUUGUUGCGGGAAGUAUUAACCGUGCCGCUUGCCCUUCAUAAUCUUCCGCUUCUGGAGGGAUCAGCGGGUACACAGUGGGAUGCAUCGCUCCGGUUAUUCAAGAGUCGUGUCGUGAUUCAUUGUCUAGCUGGCAGCUGGAUGAAAAGAAGUGCGGCCUGGGAAGGAGCUCUGCAUAGCAGCCCCAUUGAGCCUCUGAUCUGACCGAAAUGGGCACUGGUAGGGAGAUUAGGAAACACGCACCCGCUACAAAACAUCUAGUCGCCUUGGUCCUCCUGCUUCCGGCCUUCGGUAUUUGGGGAGCUGUGAAGGCGAGGCCUCUGCUCAACACUGAUGACAGUUGUAGCAGUUGUGGGAAGCCUAACGUUGUGAUAGUGAUGUGCGAUUCGUUUGAUGGAAGGCUGACAUUUCACCCAGAAAACGAAACAGUACCUUUGCCUUUUCUAAAUUUCAUGCGAAAACAUGGCAGUCUGUUUCUUAAUGCCUACACCAAUUCUCCAGUAUGUUGUCCUUCCCGUGCAGCUAUGUGGAGUGGCCUCUUCACGCACAUAACAGAGUCUUGGAAUAAUUUCAAGGGCUUAGAUCCAAAUUACACAACAUGGAUGGACCUCAUGGAAAAGCAUGGCUACUAUGCUCAGAAAUAUGGAAAACUUGACUAUACUUCAGGGCAUCAUUCACUAAGUAAUCGUGUGGAGGCAUGGACCAGAAAUGUUGAUUUUUUGCUUCAGCAAGAAGGCAGGCCUGUGGCAGAACUUAUAGGUAACAAGUCAUAUGUGAGAGUCAUGCAAAAAGAUUGGGAGACCGCUGAUGAGGCAGCAACUUGGCUAAGAAACAAAGCAACCAACUUGACACAACCCUUUGUUCUCUACUUGGGCCUAAAUUUGCCUCAUCCAUAUCCUUCACCUUCCUCGGGAGAAAAUUAUGGGUCAUCUACAUUUCUGACAUCUCCUUAUUGGCUACAAAAGGUGAUAUAUAAAGCCAUCAAGAUUCCAAAAUGGCUUCCAUUUUCAGAGAUACACUCAGUAGAUUACUAUUCCUCUUACACCAAGAACUGCACUGGGAAAUUCACAGAAAUAGAAAUCAGAGAUAUCCGAGCACAUUAUUAUGCCAUGUGUGCAGAAACAGAUGCCAUGCUUGGUGAGGUAAUUUCUGCUCUAAAUGAAACAGGACUACUUAGAAGUACUCUUGUGAUAUUCACUGCUGAUCAUGGGGAACUUGCUAUGGAACACAGACAAUUUUAUAAAAUGAGCAUGUAUGAAGCAAGUUCCCAUAUUCCUCUCCUUAUAAUGGGGCCCAACAUUAAGUCGCAAUUCAUAUCCAAUGUGGUAUCUCUUGUGGAUAUUUACCCUACCGUGCUUGAUAUUGCUGGAGUAUCCAUACCAAAAAAUCUCAGUGGGUAUUCACUGAUGCCUUUGUUAUUUAAAAAAGCAGAAGAUAAAAUCCCAUCUAGAAAGCAGCAUCCUACUUGGAUUCUGAGUGAAUUCCACGGCUGCAAUGUCAAUUCUUCAACCUACAUGCUGCGAACUGACAAAUGGAAAUACAUCACUUACUCAGAUGGCCACUCAGUAUCUCCUCAGCUGUUUGAUCUCUCUGCUGAUCCAGAUGAGCUAACAAACAUAGCAACAAAGUUUCCAGAGAUCACACAAUCUUUGAACAAAAAACUCUACUCCAUAAUUGAUUAUCCCAAAGUCUCUGCCACUGUUGAACAAUACAACAAGCGGCAGUUUAUCAACUGGAAACAAAGUUUAGGGCAAAACUAUUCAGAUACCUUAGCUAACCUUAGGUGGCACCAGAGCUGGAAAAAGGACCCAGAGGAGUAUGAGCAUGCAAUUGAUAGAUGGAUUAAAGGGAACACAAAUGUAUGAUAUGUCUGUAGAAUGUGAGAAUGGAAAAUCUGUUUCUGAACAUAACGGGGCAGUGCAGGUGUAAUAUGUAUACCUCUUACGGCAACAGAUACUGGAAAUGGGACACUGGAUCAGAAGCUAUCAUCCAGCCCCUCCCGUUUCCUAACACAAAUCCACCUUGCUAAGCUGUAAUUACUGUUAAAUAUGCCAAAUCCAGUUCUCUGCUAACCAGGAUUUGCUACCAGCUUCAAAACCUGAUUUCAAAUCUGGAUAAGAAAACCUGCUAAGAGACCCAUUAUUAGCAUGGGUGCUGAACUAAUGGCUUUAUCAGGACAUUUAUAAUGGCUUUAUUGGGACAUCAUGUUAAAUUUCGGUUGUUGCAUAAUUUAACAUUGCUGCAGGGCAAUACAUUGAGCCUUGGCCUUGCCAACUUCUCUUCUGGCCCAGCUACAAAGGGGAGAGCUGAAGCUUUCCCUUCUAGUUCAGAUCCCAACAAACUGUUUAGUUUCAACUAUGGUUCCCAGAAACAAGCUAUCUAAGCUUUGCUUUAUGAAGCUGGUGUCAUACUGGGCCCUGACCUAAAGUCAGAAAACUCAUCCACCAGCAAAGCACCAGAGCUAAGAGACCCUGGGGAGGAGGUGGAGCCUCCCAACUCCAAUAAGAAAGACCUUAGAGCCUUUGGCACUCCAGAUGUUGCUAAGCUAUAAUUCCCAUCAUCCCUGGCCAUUAGCCAUGCUUGCUGGGGCUGAUGGGAGUUCAGCAACAUCUAGAGGGCCAAAGGUUCCCCACUCCUGCCUUACAGAGAACAAUCUAUGUCUUUCAGUCCCCUGCUCUAGAGGAACAGCUUAUCUAUCCUGCCCUGCCUUUUGACUGACUCUACUUAAAGACCGUGCCUCUAGGACUACUCUUGCUUCUGGACUGGUUUAUUGUGCUUUGACCUUGGCUAUCCAUAGACUCUGAUUUUCAGAUUGCCCUUGUUCCUGACUGGUGCCAUUGUGUUGCUGACUUCGGUCUGCUGUGUCACUGCUUGUGGAGCGCUUACUUCAACCUCUGUCUAAGAACAGACCUAGGUGCAGCAGAACAAUUGGCUUGUUUUCCUAAACCAUAGUUGAGAUUAAGUUUUGGAUUUGGACAUAAUAAUAAAUGGUGCCCCAACUUCUUAGGGAUGCAGUGGAGCCUGGAAAGGAACAGGGAGUGCAUGAGGCUGAGGCUUCUGCACGUCACACUAAACUAUACAUUAGCAUUAUGUGCAAGCCAGGCAAAUGUUAGCUGUAGUUAAGGCUAGCAGGGGAAUUCAUACUGGGAAGAGAGCUUCUGGUUCAUGGCCUGCUCCCAGUCCAAGUUAAGAAGUAACUGCUUAUUACACUUGCACCAGCACAAAAAUAAAUUCAUAUAGUGUAAUGGCUAGGAGACUUAGCUGUUAAUUAGGAUGUCUCUGGUUUCAUUCUUGUCUCUACAUUGAACUCUCUAAGUGCCGUAGGUAAGUCACUGUUUUGGCCUUUGUCUCCCACAUCUGCAAUACGGCGGAAUAAUGCUGCUGACUUGCGCCAGCCAACAUGGCUAAUGGUCAGGGAUGAUGGGAGUUGGAGCCCAACAAUAUCUGCAUGGCACCACAUUGGCUAUCCCUGCCCUAGUUACAGUAUUACGUUUGUGGACACGAGUUUCUAAUUUGAUUUUCCUUGGUCAGAACACGACAUUCCAAAGUGCAGCAUUAAUGGUUUAGGCUGAACAAGGGCAUGCAUAAGGCUACCUCAAGAUGACCCAUUUAUAAAGCAUUCAUCCUGAUUUGCUUGCACAACACUUAUGCAGAAGUUAGAUUAUAUCUGGUCUUUAUUGAGCAUUCAUUCUGAUUUGUUUGUGGAGAAAUUAUACAACAAUGAGAGGGCCUUCUCAGUGGUGGCCCCCAAAUUAUGGAAUGACUUUUUUUGAUGAGGUGCGCCUGGCGCCAUCACUGUUAUCUUUUUGGCGCCAGGUCAAGACUUUCCCCUUCUCCCAGGCAUUUUAGCAUGUGUUUUAAAUUGUGUUUUAAAUUGUUUUAAAAUGUGUUUUAAAUUGUAUAUUUGUUUUAAUGUUUUGGGUUGCUGUAAACCGCCCAGAGAGCUUCAGCUAUGGGGCGGUAUACAAGUGCAAUCAAUCAAUCAAUCAAUCAAUCAAUCAAUCAAUCAAUCAAUGAGCAUUCAUACUGAUGUGGGGUGUUUACAUGUCUUUCCAUUGGUCAGUUGUUCAUCUCACACUUUUGACUGCAUUUUCUGUCACUUUCCAAACCACAAGAAGUUUGGUUUUUUAAAAAAGGUGGAUUUGUUGCACUAAGGCAAGGGUUCCCAAACUGUGGUCUGUGGACUACCAAUGGUCCAUGAGCUUCAUUCAGGUGGUCCAUGGCAUGUCCUCAUUAAAUAUUCAUUUUUAUUUUUGUUUUUAUUGCUUCUUUUAUUUCUUAUAUUGUAUUUUAUUGCAUUACAAUUUGAAUUCUAUGGAAUGCAAACUAACACAAUAAAAUAUAAUGGAAAAUAAAAAUACAAUUUAAAAAAUCACACAGCAUCCACCACAGUGCAUUACAAUUACAAUUGGCAGAAAAAUCAUUAAGCAGUCCACCAAGACCAUCAGUAAUUUUUAAGUAGUCUCUCGGGAAAAGGUUUGUGAACCACCAUGCUAGGGCAACAGGGCUCUUUAAUCCACUUUAAAUGUGAAAACCUAAACUGAGGUUGUUAUACUUUGGACACAUAAUGAGAAGACAUGAUGCACUAGAAAAGACAAUGAUGAUGGGGAAAACAGCAGGGAGUAGAAAAAGAGGAAGACCAAACAAGAGAUGGAUUGAUUCCAUAAAGGAAACCACAGACCUGAACUUACAAGAUCUGAACAGGGUGGUUCAUGACAGAUGCUCUUGGAGGUCACUGAUUCAUAGGGUCGCCAUAAGUCGUAAUCGACUUGAAGGCACAUAACAACAACAAAGUUCCAGUAUGCACUUGAAUCCUUUCCACAAAAUAGUGACAGUCUGGAGAUGCCCUCAGGCUAACUUUACAUACUGAGCACAAGAAAAAACAGGUAUGUGGUUUUAGUGUCCUUUCAUACAGAUAGCCUUUCUGGCCAAAGAUGGUGGAUGUAGCCCUGAAUUAUUUUGGUUUAAUUGGUUUGUGUAGCAGUUUACAUGUGUUUUGUUUUUUAUGCUCAUCCCUCCCAAAUGAAACAAAUGUGGUGGUGGUGGUUAAUGCUAGUUCCAUCUAUAGUUCUCUCUUAUUAUUAUGGCUUAACACUUUUCAAAACUGGGCAAUUUUCUUUUGUUGUGUUGUAUAAACCUUAUUGCAAGUACUGUUUAGUCUUCAUGCAGCAUACUCCUAACACUUGUCUGUGUAUACCACCAAUAUGACUUGCAUUUGCAGGUUAAGCAUCAGCAGCAAAACCACAGUGUAUUUCAUUUAGUCUGAUAUCCAAGAGAGAUUUGCAUGUAGAUUCUUUCCAGUCAGAGAUGUUAAUCUCCCUAGCAACUGUAGUCCUUUUCAUUUUAUAAAAGAAUUAGGCAAAGCUCUUCCACUUUACUUCAGGCAAGGGCAAAGGAGUCACUCAGAAUUAUUUGAACUUGCUGUUUAGUAUAACAGAAAAAACUAGUUGCCAUCCCUUCCCUCACUUCCCCCCCCAAAGCCACACAAACCAAGAAAGGUGGGACUUGUAUAAACCAAGAUGGUAAUCUUACUUCCCUCUAAUGCUGAAUGCAGGUGGUGCCAUUGCCUAUCAUCUUACAAGCAAAAAGGGGGCACCCAAAAAUGGUAGUGAAUUUUUGCAUACUUGGGGGACUCCCUGUGUAUACAGACGUAUAUUAGUGUAAAUUAAAAAAAUAAAAGUAUGCUCAAUAGCUUCCAGAACUUACAAAAUGUUAGGCUAUCCCUUGAUGUUGAUCUGGAAGCUGCAGCCAGAGCAAAAUGCAGCUGCCAGGCUCCUGACUGGAGCGGUCUAACGUCAGCAUAUAAUGCCAUGGCUGAAAGAACUGCACUGGCUGCCAGUAUACUACCAGGCCAUCUUUAAGGUCUUACUGAUGGUGUGUAACAACAUGGAACCAGUCUUUUUUAGGGACUGCUUUAUGAAGUCAAUCCACUCCAAAAAACCCUCCCUUCACAGCAUUAUAUGGGUAGAUUUCAGGAGGAAGAAAAGGAAAAAGAACACCUUUUCCUUUUCCCACUGUGCAGAAAUGGGGCUGGCAGCUACCCUGAAUCUGAGCCCGUUAGUGCAGUGUAGGCUUUGGGGUGUUGUCUCUUGUCCCUUUCCCCAUCCUGUAGUGGUCCCCUGCAAAUUCAAGACGUCAUUAGCUGCUGCUCCAGGUGACUUGGAGAUCUGAACAACAGCACUUCUUUAAGGGGUUGGGGGGGAUUGCAUCAUUUUCUUUUGUGUCCCCACUUGUUUGUCUUGUGUUAUGCAAGCUAGAAAGCAUCAUUUAGAUAGUGUAUGCCUAACUAUUCUUGCUUGAAGCAAUGCUGCCUCUGAAAGAAGUAACAGUAAUAAA